AUGGCUGGUACAAAGGAUGCCACAAGUAAAAAUUUGACCAUGAUCAAGCAAGAUAUCAGAAAAACACAAAAAAUAAUGGCAAUUUACAAAGUUGGAGUCUUUCAAACCGUUAUUACCUAUUUUGCAAAGCCAUUAUUUGUUAUUAAUGAAGAAUACAGACUGCCAAUGGCGAGCUACUUUCCAUGGAACAUAGAAACAUCCACAAACUUUCUUUUCACCUAUGUUUUGCAAGUAGUUCUAAUAACAUCAGCAGCUUUAUUGAAUACAUCAAUAGAUGUUUGUUUUGCAAUAUUUUGCACAAUCGUAUCCACGGAACUUCGCGUUUUGAAAAAUAAUUUGAUGAAUAUGGAUUAUUCGCCUUUGAAUAGGAACGUCAAAAUUGAGCUGAGAGGAAAAAAUGUUGAUUCAAGUUCAAGCGGAAAACUUUCAGUAAGCUCUCCUGUAGCAGAAAAUCACGACUCAGAGAACAAUCUCGACUUAGAUUCUGCCAAUGAGAUACUUCUUCUUGACGACCAACAAGUGAAUGUUGCUGUGGUGGGUGAAGAUGGCAAACCAAAUGACACCAUUGUUGCCAAAGUAAUUGAUAUUGAGGUGUCGAACAAUGAUUUGAUGGAGAAAACUAAAAAGCUGGACGAAAAAUUAAACUUUAUUUUGGUGCGGUGGAAUAAUCUGGAAAUUGCUGGUUCAACUGCCACUAAAAAUGCGGUAGCUGAUUUUUCCAAGCUUCCAACAUUGCCACUAUCAUCAAAAAAAUACCAUCAGUUGACUAUAGGUGUAUCUGUUUGUGUAUUCGACCUGCCACAUUAA